CGGAUCCUUCGCUUCUCGCGCCGUGUCCAUGAAUGUUCUCGUAUACUUCUGAGCCGGUCGAGAGGGGCUUUUGCGUUGCACGGCCCAUGAGACAGGGCGGCUUCGGAGGAACACUUCAAUGAAAGGAUUUCUACCCACUCAAAGCUCAUGGUACAUAUCGGUUGCAUGUACUGCACUACCCACGCUUGCUUUGCCGAUGAGCUGGCACUGGCUGGAAGUGCUUCAACUGCCUGCAUGCUCCGGGAUGUCAUGACGCGGUUGGUGUAUCGCGCCUCCUUUAUUUGCCAGCAGGUACAUGGCGAGGAACGAUAAGGGAUUAUGGUAAGAGUCAUAUAGUUGACUUCUGUCGACAUUCUUACCCAAAUUCAGCAACAAUCAUUACUUCCUGUCAACUCGUCUCGCUUGCUCUGUCGGGGUGCAGUGACGUAGAGCUUCUCUCGUCUGCGACUCUUGUAUCGAUCGCGAUGACGCUACAUCGUUACAACGCAGCUCAGUAUACCAUCACGUUUGAAGAUGAUGAUUGUCAAUGUAUCGCACCUAGAGUUGAUGGCACAAGAUGUCGAUCAACGCAUUCCAGAGCUGAUAUGCAGGAGAUGAGGUCGUGGAUGAAACGAGCGGAGCCAUCAGGCUAUGAACAGGCUGCGUUUGCACUUAAGAACGUGGUUUGGUUCCGUGCAUGUGACUUUGCACACCGCAAGUUCCUGAAUUAUUUCACUGUGUGGCAGGAUGUCGCAGACGAAUAUCUUAAACGAUUUAUGGACGUCUACGACAACAGUGGAAUUUUGACACCUCCCUUGACACCUCCUAACCGGUUAUCCGCCCGUCUGGAACACCGUGAAGCAGGACCGGUCUCGCAGAAUCGAUAUGAGACUCGAUCAACGGGGCUCCAGCUACGGCCACCGACGUUCACUCGAUACCCGAAGGACAGGAAUUUCACCAUUAAAGAAGCGCUCGCGAAGAUCAUCCAAAAGGACAAGGAACCGAUGGGAGUUGUCUACAUUUUCACCUGGCCAUCUCAUCCUGGUUAUGUUAAAAUUGGAUUCUCAGGGAAAUCGGUCCAAUCGCGGUUCGAUCGCUGGAGUCGAUGUCAUGAUGGCCUACAAAAGCUUCGUGAUAAACGCGUGACCUUUCCCGCGAUAGUUGAGGCACUAAUCCACCGGGAGCUCUGGCAAUACCGACGCGAAAUUGUCUGUUGCCAAUCCUGUCAUAUAGGUCACAAUGAAUGGUUUCAGAUCUCGGCGGACACGGCCAUCAACACUAUGGAGGCAUGGGUAGCAACAUUUGAGCGGGAGAUGCUCUACAACAACGGUGAUCAGGUACUCCAAAGGUGGUUGGCUGCCAAUCUUAUGGAAAAUACAAAUGACUACAGUAUUGCCUAUGUCACCUCAGUAUUGGACGAAGAAGAGAGACGUCGUGCCGAGCAAGCACGUCGUAAGCAACAAGCCGAGUUUGCUGAGCAACUUCGCGUCCCACAAGAAGAGCCCCGGCAGCUGAACAUAGCUCUCAAGGCUGAGCGACAAGCUGAGCAGACACGGCAAGCGGAAUUGGCCGAGCAGGAUCGGCAAGCGCAGUUGGCACAACAAGCCCAACAAGCCAAACUCGCCGAGCAGGCAUGCCAGACGCAAUCGGCCGAACAAAAUCGACAGACCGAAAUUACUGAGCAGACACGAUUGGCACAGUUGGCAGAACAAUCACGACUAGCACGCGUCGUUGUCGGAGGAAGCGAGCAAGCUCGAGUUUCCGAAGAGGACCGAAUGCUGAGUAAGAUCCAGCAAGCACAAUCGUUAGAGCAUGCUGCCCAACAGGCAGCCACAAAGCCACGAGUUUCAGACAUCGAAGAGCCAGUGAGGGCCAACUCAUCCGACCAAGCACAUGUAGUGGUGCCAGACGCACUUCAACCGAUAGCGAUCGUACGGCAAUCAACGACUUCAACCGCUGACGUAGCUUCACGUGACGAGGUUAUUUCACCAAGCGAGCCAAUCUCGGUACGACCGACAGAUCUCCCAGCAGCUCAACGCGAGAAUACUGGACUACCCACACCGGCAUCCAGUCCACAGCGUCAACCAGAAGCCGUCAAAUCCGACGAUUUCGCCUCCCGCUUCAGCUCACUUGUCGUGGCAGAUGCUUCACGUCAGCUUGCGUUACCGCAUCCCAGUAAGCUCCCGAAAGCUACUGAAGACGAGUCUGAGGAACAGACCACAAGCGGCAAAGCGAUCUCGACAGCUCCGAGUCCAUCAGCAGAGAAAAUCACGCCCGCCACGCCCGUCAAGCUGAAGGUCUCGUUGCCGCCUACUCCUCCCGAAACUCCUCUAUAUCGGAAGUCUGCACCAGAAGGGAACGGGAGCGGCCCAGAGGCGCUAGCAGUGCAUCAAGGAGAGCCUUCACGACCCACCACACCUGUACCUCCGCUCCCAAAGGCAGACAAAGACCCCUUUGCCGGUUCGACUAUGAAUCAGCUGGCCAAGACGGCGGCGACGACGACGACGACGACGACGACUACGGCACAGGCGUCGGAAUUCGUUCUCGCUGUUCCAUCUGUAGUGGUGCCGUGAGGAGGAAUUUCUGCCCGAAGUUAUCGGAUCCGCUUCAGCUUGUCUUGGUCAGGUCUCGAAAAGGUCGUCGAUCGAUCAAGAGAAGGGACCGAAGAGGAACCGAUUCACGAUUGAAUGUUUGUCAUGAUGUUGCAGAUGUAUUCUGUUUUGGAUUUAUGCGUGGGGGCUUUGUUUUUUUGAUACUUGGGAAGGAAUGGGCGCUUAGGGUAGCGAUAUCACGAUGAGAUGAUUUCCAAUGACAUGUGCGUGCAGAA